AGUCGCUGUAGGGCAGAGGAAAGAAAGAAAUAUAAGGAAAAGAAAGGGAAUCAAGAGAAGGAAAGUAGGAGGAACAAAAGGCACAUAUUUAAAGAGCACAGACAGGGAGGAGGUGUGUUAGAGACAAUUUGGGAACGGACAUAGAGCGAGAGACGAGUUUAUCAGGAUCUCAAGGCUUCAGAUUUUGCUUUUAUUCCCACCUCCCUGCUGAGCUGUUUUUCAACUUUCUGAGACCCGUGGCUAUUUUGGUCUGUCAGUGUUGGAGCGGUUUGGGAUGGAUGCCAUCAUGCUGCAAGAAAAACUGGUGGAACGGCUGCUGUGCCCACGAGUGAGAACAGCCAGGCAGAAGGAGAAACAGUAUGUGGGUUUUGCAACUCUGCCCAACCAGGUCCACAGGAAGUCUGUGAAGAAAGGCUUCGAUUUCACGCUGAUGGUUGCAGGAGAAUCUGGUAUGGGUAAAUCCACCCUGGUCAACAGCCUGUUCCUCACAGACCUCUACAAAGACAGGAAGUUACUGAAUGCGGAAGAGCGCAUCAACCAAACUGUGGAGAUCAUCAAACACACUGUAGACAUAGAGGAGAAAGGAGUCAAGCUCAAGCUGACCAUCGUUGACACGCCGGGGUUCGGAGACGCUGUCAACAACAACGAAUGCUGGAAGCCGAUCACAGACUACAUAGAUCAGCAGUUUGAGCAAUACUUCAGGGAUGAGAGCGGACUGAACAGAAAGAACAUCCAGGACAACAGAGUCCACUGCUGCCUCUACUUCAUCCCUCCGUUUGGGCACGGGCUGCGUCCGGUGGAUGUUGAGUUCAUGAAGGCUCUGCAUGAAAAAGUGAACAUAAUCCCUCUCAUCGCAAAAGCUGACUGCCUCACGCCCAACGAGAUAAAAAAACUCAAAGACAGAAUACGAGAGGAAAUAGACAAGUUUGGCAUCAAAGUGUACCAGUUCCCCGAAUGUGACUCCGAUGAGGAUGAAGAGUUUAAACAACUUGACAAAGAGUUGAAGGAGUGCACCCCGUUCGCUGUGAUCGGCAGUAACACUGUGGUGGAGGCCCGAGGGCAGAGAGUGAGAGGGAGACUUUACCCCUGGGGCAUUGUUGAAGUGGAGAACCAGUCGCACUGUGACUUUGUGAAACUGAGGAACAUGCUGAUUCGUUCACACAUGCACGACCUCAAAGACGUGACCUGUGACGUCCACUACGAAAACUACAGAGCGCAGUGCAUACAGGAGAUGACCAGUAAAUUGGCUCAGGACAACCGUAUGGAGAGUCCCAUUCCCAUCCUGCCGCUGUCCACCCCGGAUGUAGAGACUGAGAAACUGAUCAAAAUGAAAGAUGAGGAGCUGAAGAGGAUGCAGGAAAUGCUGAACAAGAUGCAGCAGCAGAUGCACGACAAAGACCAGUGAUGUCCUCCUGGUCUGCAGCGCCGCCUGCUGUUUCCCCCCUGAAUGACAGUGAGACCUUCAGACAUUGAACAUGGAUAUCAUGUGUUAGUGGCGACUCUGGCUGUACAUUUACCCUCAGUUUGGUGCUUUGUAUAGUUUGUCUGCCUGGACGGUUGUUUGUCAGAGCUUUUUUUUUUUUUUUUUUUUUUUUUGAUCUCUGAAACUACCCGUUUGCCCACUUUGAGCCCCCUUGCUGUGGUUUAACAGUCUUAACAUAUAUAAUAUAAAUGCGUAAUUUAAAUUACUACUCAGUGUAUCUAAUUUAUAAAUGCAAUGCUAAACUUUUUGGAUAUUUUGUCAGGGUAUGAUGCUACAAGAUGUUUUGUAAAGAUAUUUAGGCUGUUGGUGAUGUUAAGAUUUGAUGGAUAUUGUUUUUUAUUAUGUGUUUGUGAGUGUGUGUUUGGGUGCGUGAGUGUUUGUACUUCCUCCAGGUAUCCGUCCAUAAACCCCCCCCCCCCAUUUAUCCACAGUGACUUUACUUUUGUUAAAACUUUUGCUCUUGUUAAUUUGCUCUCUGAUCCUCAUAAAUACCUUUUAUGUGACAUUUUUUCUUUCACAUAUGGCAAGUCAAAAUAUCCUCUCCCAGCAUUUUUACAUGUGCUGGCUGAGCUGAAAAUGCACUUAUUGCCAGUGGCUAACUGUGAAUGGAGAGCCUUUGACAUAAUGAGAGGGUCGGUGCAGUGCAGGGUGCAUGUGCAAGCAUGCUGACAUUACUCAUAUCCGCUACAUGCUGUGGGCCUAUUUUUACUGCUUUAUAGCCGAUGCCCUGUGCUUGUAUUAAAAUGCAUCAUGACCUACAGUAUGCUUUGUUGCCACUAAGGUAAAAAAAAUUGAUCAACGAUGAGGAGAAAAUACUGUGUUAAUGCUUCUGUUUUAAAUUUCUCUCCUUGGAAGUGAGUUGCUGCAUUUUGCUGGUGAAGAUGUGUAUCCUGUGUGUGAGUUAAAACUGUCUGAGAGCGUGUGUGUGUGUGUGUGUGUGUAGGCCGAUGCCGAGGAACAGUGCAUAUUUUGCCUGAAGGCUGUGAGCUCAGCCUGUGCCCUGUUUAUAAAUGUGUGACAAAUAAACUCUUGUUUCUCGUCAA